AUGGCGGCAGGAGGAGGAGGAGGAGGAUCAUCGUCGGGAAGGACUCCGACGUGGAAGGAGAGGGAGAACAAUAAGAAGAGGGAGAGGAGAAGAAGAGCCAUCACGGCUAAGAUUUACUCCGGUCUUAGGGCUCAAGGUAACUAUAAGCUUCCUAAGCACUGCGAUAACAACGAGGUCCUCAAAGCUCUCUGUCUCGAAGCGGGUUGGAUCGUCGAAGACGACGGCACCACUUAUCGCAAGGGUUUUAAGCCGCCGGCGUCAGAAAUCUCAGGAACUCCGACGAACUUCAGCACAAACUCUUCAAUCCAACCAAGUCCACAGUCAUCUGCUUUCCCAAGCCCUGCACCUUCCUACCAUGGAAGUCCCGUCUCUUCCUCCUUCCCGAGUCCAUCCCGAUACGACGGAAACCCUUCCUCGUACCUUCUCCUCCCAUUCCUUCACAACAUCGCUUCUUCGAUGCCAGCGAACCUCCCGCCUCUUAGAAUAUCCAGCAGUGCUCCCGUAACUCCACCUUUAUCCUCUCCUACUUCUCGUGGCUCAAAGCGGAAACUCACUUCGGAACAGUUACCAAACGGCGGGUCUCUGCACGGUUUACGGCAUCCGCUUUUCGCUAUCUCAGCUCCGUCUAGUCCUACCCGCCGUGCUGGUCACCAAACACCGCCUACUAUACCGGAAUGUGACGAGUCUGAGGAGGAUUCGAUCGAGGAUUCGGGAAGGUGGAUCAAUUUUCAGUCUACAGCUCCUACUUCACCAACAUUCAAUCUCGUUAAGCAGACAUCUAUUUCCAUUGACAUGAAGAGAUCAGACUGGGGUAUGUCGGGAAUGAGCGGGAGAGUUUCGGAGUUUGAGUUCGAGAAUGGAACAGUUAAGCCAUGGGAAGGAGAAAUGAUUCAUGAAGUUGCCGUAGAAGAUCUCGAGCUCACCCUCGGCGGCACUAAAACCCGAUGCUGA